AUGAAAGUGGGCUGUGAGUUGAGCGCUUUUAUGCAAGUUCCAGUACAAAUUAUAUUGUUCACUCUUCAAAGUGAUCGUUUGCAAAUCAUAAUAUACGAAAUGGAAAAUUAUAUUCAGCAAGCAAAAUCAGAAGAAAGGAAUAUAUUUCAACGAUAUAUCAACAAGUGCAAAUUAUUUUACGGUACGACAAUGUGUUUGAUAACCAUGACAGCUAUAAUAAUGUGGUUCGGACCAUUAGUGUUGAAUCAACCUUUUCCAAUCGAAGUUGAGUAUCCAUUCGAUGUGAACAAACAACCACUAAGAACUAUUAUUUAUUUGCAUCAUAUAAUAGUUGUAUAUCAAAGUCGUGUGCAAGUAUGUAGCAACAUUUUCGUUGCUCUUCUGCUUUGGUUCAUAGCAGCAAGAUUCGACAUUCUGUCCCAGAAAUUUCAGAAAAUUACAAGCACCUCAGAAUUCAUAAUCUGUAUACAGCUACAUCAACGAUUAUUACGAUAUGCAAAAGAUGUUACUACGACAGUUCGAUAUAUAGCAUUGUCAACGAUAGGAUUCAGUACCAUAGCAGUGGUAUUCAGCGGUCUUACUUUUUUAAGCAGCAAUGACAUUGGCCAUGCUGGAUAUGAAUCGUUAUGGUAUAGUAAAGACGUAUCUUUACAGAAGAAUUUGUUAUAUACUGUGUCGAGAUGUCAACAUCCAGUAACUCUAACAGUACCAUGUAUGCUACCGACUCUUUCACUUAAUUAUUAUGCCUCUUUGGUUACUUUCGAAAUGGAAAAUUUCUGUGAGUUACUUAAACCUCGCGAAGAAGCAAUCUUUCAACGGUAUAUCGAUAAAUGCGUCUAUUUCUAUGGUGGUUCUAUGUUUUGGAUUUAUCUAAGUGCCAUUUUCAUUAUAUCUGGACCUAUUACGCUAGAUCAACCGUUUCCAACAAACGCGGAAUAUCCGUUCAAUAUUUAUCAUCAACCUCUAAGAUCUAUUAUCUUCAUACAGCAGAUUAUAGCUUGCGUGCAAGGUGCUGCCCAACUAUGUAUGAAUAUUUUUAUGGCGCUCUUAAUAUGGUUUACGUCAGCAAGGCUUGAAAUACUUAUCGAAAAACUACAAAGAAUUACAAACAUUUCUGACUUAAAGAAAUGUAUACAAGAACAUCAAAAUCUAUUAAAGUAUGCGGAAGAAGUGACAAUUUUAAUUCGUCCUAUAGCAUUAUCAACUGUGAGCUUCAGUACUAUCGCGUUAAUAAUAGUAGGCCUCAUUUUAUUAACCGAUCAACCAUUGUCAAUGAAAAUCCAAUGCGUUGGUAUAAUGUUCAGUGGAUUAUCAGUAGUGUUUAUGUAUACGUGGCCAGCAGAACAUUUGAUUCAAAUAAGUGAUGAGAUCGGACAAGCAGUCUUUGAUACAGAAUGGUACCAACAACCAGUCGAUCUAAGGAAGGAUAUACUGAUAGUUAUGUUAAGGGCUCAAAAACCGAUAAUUAUUUCAGUACCAUGUAUUAUGCCUGCAUUAUCUUUAAAAUACUAUGCAUCGUAUUUAUCGACUAUAUUUUCCUAUUUUACGACGCUACGAGUAACCAUGCAAAAUGUUUGA